GCUGAGCAGUUCACAGUCAGGCAUUACACACAACUAUGCUUGCUGUGGUGAUACGGAUGAGUGCACUCAAUGUGCAGUGUGGUCUACUCUAUGUUACUUUGAUACUGCUAAGCAAAGUUGCCGUCACAACAGCGAACAAUGAAGAGCCUCGUGUUCGUGAAGCUCGUUCAGUGGGCGAUCAGCUGGUAGUUCAUCCUGUGGACUGUGUUUUAUCAGAGUGGAGCUUAUGGUCACGCUGUGACACCUGUCAGAAAAAAAGAUAUCGCUAUGCUAAACUGGACCAGCCAUCCCAGUUUGGAGGGCAGCCGUGCAAUUUUCAUGACAGGGAGGAGGAGGCCUGUGACGUUUCAGCCCGCUAUAAAUGUGACAAUGUUCCUUUAUGUGAGGGAUUCCUGUGCACCCAAACAGGUCGCUGUAUUCCCAGAACUCUGCAGUGUAGUGGGGAGGAUGACUGUGGGGACAUGUCAGAUGAAGCCGGCUGUAAGAACGUUCCCAAGCCCUGCAGGCAGGCAGCUGAAGAGUAUUGGGGAAUCGAAAACCUUGCCAAAGGAAUCAACAUUUUGAACAGUCACCUGGAGGGAGUGGUGCUAGAUAACAGAUACUACGCUGGCAGCUGCUUGCCACACUACAUCGAGGACGUCAGAUUCAGAAAGCCUUACAAUUUGCAACAGUACACUCUGCAGACAAAAGGCUCUUAUGAUUUCACCCUGCAGUCUUUUGAGUCAUACUCUGACUACAAGGACCACACCAUGAAGGAGCGCUCAACCCAAACCACUGUUUCCUUUGGCUUUGCCAUUCCAGGCGUCGCUGAAUUUGGCUUCAACUACAAUAAUGCCAAAAGAACCAAAGCCGAACAGAAGAUUCGCCGUGCUUCGAGUAAGACGAACAGCUUUGUGAGGGCCAAAGCAGAACUGGAGUUGGCCCAGUACAUGUUGAAGUCCGAUGAUUUGAUGCUCCACCCUGAGUUCCUGCAGCGCCUGCGCUCCUUGCCACAGUCUUAUGGUUAUGGGGAAUACAGGCAGAUCUUCAGGGACUACGGCACCCACUACAUCACAGAGGCAACCCUCGGAGGAGACUAUGAGCACACCAUCAUCCUGAACAAGGAGAAGCUUGAGCGGACAGUUUAUUCUUUGGACGACUUUAAACGCUGUACGGAGUCAGGCCUUAAGGUCGGGGCCAACAUAUACGGUGUUUAUGUGUCGGUGGGGGUUCAUGGUGGAUCCUGUAAUGGUGUGCUGAAUGAGAUGGGAGUAAUUGGUCUCUCCCCAGAGGACAUGUUGAAUGGCAGCAUGGUGGAGGACUUUGUGUCUGUAGUAAGGGGGGGGAGUAGUGAGUCCAUCACUGCUUUGGUGUCUAAAAAGCUUCCCACCCCCCAGCUGAUGGGGCUCUGGGGCGAAGGCGUGCGUUUUAACCCUGACUUCAUUCGCUCAACAACACGGCCGCUGUAUGAGCUGGUGACCUCCAGAGACUUCUCCCACGAUGCCACCUUGAAAAGAAACCUGAAGAGAGCUCUGUCAGAGUACCUGGCCGAGGCGAGUCCGUGUCGAUGUGCUCCAUGCCACAACAAUGGAGUGAGCGUUUUGAGAGGCACCAGGUGUGACUGUGUGUGUGCUGUUGGCUACUCUGGGCGUGGCUGUGAGAUCACUAAUAGACGAAAAGAUUUAACCAUUGACGGCAGCUGGAGCUGCUGGGCUGCAUGGUCAUCGUGCGAUGGAAGAACAAUGACGAGGAGUCGACAGUGCAACAACCCAGCACCGAGCGAAGGAGGCCUGGCAUGCAGAGGACUGCAGCGAGAGUCGACUGAAUGCUUUUGAUAUCUGCUCAACAGCACCGUUGUCAACCUUGACAUAACGUUUUAUAAAACCUUCCUUGAAAGCAGAA